AUGGCUGAAAAUUCAAAAUUCAUCAAAGAGAUUGCCACAGCCGCUAUAGACAAAACAAAACUGCCACACAACGUGGGCAAAUACAACGGCUUGACAGACCCGGAUGAUCACCUCCAAGUUUUUAAUGGUGCAGGAGCAACAGGUGGAUGGAAUUUACCAACUUGGUGUAAUCUCUUCGCUCAAACGUUCGUCGGCGCAGCGCGCGUUUGGUUUGACAGCCUACCAGCAGGAAGGAUCAAAUCAUGGAUCGACUUUCGAGACAAGUUCCUCGCGCACUUUUCCCAGCAGCACAGGCACGCCAGAGAUCCGGCUGAUUAUUUGAACAUAUGGCGAAAGGACCACGAAAGCGUGGAAGACUUCAUUACCAGAUACAACAAAGAAUGUCUGGAAAUUGGAGAUGUAGGUGAGAAGAUGAUGCGCGCGCAUUUUAUGAGGGCAAUAAAAUGUGAUGAUCUAAUCAAGCGACUAAAAGGAAGGGACGGAGGACCCAAAGACUGGGAAACCUUCAUAGAGGCAGCAAAAACCAUUGCGCAAACUGACAAACAGUUGACCGGUGAUGACAACCGUCAGCGCGGAUACAACCAUAACGAUCGGCAUAACAAGAAGGGCAGAGGCCAAUCAUGGAAAACAUCUAGUCCUAGGGAAAGAAGCCCAAUAAAGGAAGACGCGCGCCAUACAAUCAAUCAGAUCGCCCAUCUGAAAGAAGUCAAAAGAGAAAACCGAGAAAAACAGUGGACACCCCUAACAAAAACCCCUUCAGAGGUCUUGUCAACUGAGAACCACCAGUUCAAGCCACCACUACAAAUGCGAAACAAAAGGGGUCAAGACCCAAAUCUUUUCUGUGAAUUCCAUAAAGACACAGGCCACUUAACCGACGACUGCUUCAGCCUAAAGCAGGAAAUAGAAAGGGCCUUAAGAGAUGGAAAGCUCACUCAUCUGGUAAAAGGUGGGAAGCGCGACUACCGCCAGAUUCCAAGAAGAGAGGAAGGGCCAGACAACAAGAAACUCCGGAAAUUAGAAACCCACAUGGUUCAAGGGGGUCCACGAAGGCCGAGAAAAAAUUAUAACAAGCGCACACAAGACGACUCAUGGCGCGAAAGACAAGUUGUCUUCCCUAUUGUAAGAGGAGGCCCAAGAGAAAGAAGACCCAUAGCCAUAUCUGGGGUAAUCGGUCACUACCAAACCGACUACAUUUUCAUCGAUCCAGGGGGCACUGCAGACAUCAUAUACGAACAAUGUUUUAAUCAAUUCCACCAAGAAGACAAGGCGCGCCUGGAACCAGUUGACUACCCAUUAACUGGUUUCUGCAACGAAGCCGUCUUUCCUCUCGGACAAAUAUCAUUCCCGGUGCUACUCUCAGAUGGAAGAAAUUCAAGAACAGAGGAAGUCACGUUCAUGGUACUGCCAGCACAUUCAAGACACGAUAUCCUGCUGGGAAGAGAAUCCCAAGGAGAUUUUAGUAUGAUUUGCUCCGAACCACAUUCAGCUGUUGGGUUCCCAACAGAAACAGGGAUAGCAAUAAUAUAUGCGAGUAAAGAAGUCCUAGCAACGGAUGAAAUCCGACCAGCAAAGGCAAGCAAACCAGCACCGCGCGCAGAAGCAGAAAAAUGGGUGUUAAACAGCGCUACCCAGAACAACCAGUUACCUUGGGCCCUGCAAUAUCUGAUCUCACGCGCACAGCGCUAA